AUGUCAUUGAAAAAUAUCAGAGAGAUUCCAGGAAGAUGGAGAGAGGAUGGUAAUUCAAUUCAGAGCUUGAUAUCAGAGUUCCAGAAAAGAUAUUCAUUAAUUCAAUCAACAAUAGCUGAAAACCAGUCUAUUCUUGAAUCAAAUGAUUCAUCCAAACUUCUCAAAUACAUUUCCAAAAAUGACAAAAUUACAACUAUUCCUUCCAGAUAUGAAUUAAAAGUGCCAGAAUUCACUUUCACAGAACUUAUGGAGCAGGCACUGUGUCAGAUAAUUGGUGACAUUCCAGAGACAAAGAAAACUUAUAUCCAGGGAAAGGACUUAAUAGCUCCCCACUCAGAGCUCCAUUCAGAAAGACCAAUCAAAGAGUUUCUUGAUUCGCCACUUAUAGUAGGAAAUAUAAAAACUGAUGAAAGUAUUUUCAAAAUAGCUUGUGUUCCAAACACAGAUCAAUUCUAUGUCAGUGGUUUGAGUACAACCAUUAAACACAUGAACACAGAAGGAAAGGUGCUGGAGAAGAUCACUACUACAGGGAUGUUAGGUCCUAAAGAUUUAACAGUCACUCGGGAGGGUGUACUAGUGUAUUGUUCUGGUAAUUUUAAAAGUAUCAACAAAGUAAAAAAUGGCAAAGUAGAAUGUAUGAUCAGUUUAAAAGACUGGAAACCACAGGCCAUCUGCAGCACCCAAACAGAUGAUCUCUUAGUAUAUAUGACAUUAAAGCAUGGAUUUGAAAUGUUUGUGCAAAGAAAAGUUGUCCGUUAUAAUUUCGACUCUGCAGUCAGACAAGAAGUACAAUUAAGUGUCGUGAACAAGGAUUUAAUGUCAUCCUAUGUUCCCCACAUUGAUGAAAACAAGAACCUUGACAUUGUAGUGAGUGAUACAAAUUCAAUAUUUGUGUUCAAUAAAGAUGUGCGAUUCAGGUUUAUUUAUUGUGGAAACCCAAUGUCAAACAAAUACAAAACCUUUACUCCAUGUGGUAUUACCACAAACAGUAUUUGUCAUAUCUUGAUUGGUGACAGUGUUAAUAACUUCAUCCACAUCAUUGAUCGGAAUGGACAAUUCCUCCGGCAUAUAGACAACUGUGAUUUAUACAGUCCAUAUUGUGAUCUCUGUACAGACAGCAAUGACAUAUUGUUCGUUGUGCAAUUAAUAACCCAGGAAGUGAAACAAAUUAAGUAUAUGGAAUGA